AUGGCGCGACGCGAAAAACGAGGCCUUCCUCCUCGAUCCAUCUACCCCACCAUGCCCAACGAAAUCUGCGUUCUGGCCCCCGAAAUUGCUAAAGAAAACUACGUCCUUUCUGGUUCGGUGGUUCGCAACGAUGUGACGGACGGUGAAGCAGGAGUUCCUUUGACAAUGGACAUUGGGGUCUUGGACAUUUCGACUUGUCAGCCUUUACCCAAUGCUAUGGUAGAAAUUUGGUCGACCAACGCUCAAGGGGAAUACAGUCCCACGGCUCUGAGAGGAGCCUACCCAUCCGCCGCUAAUGGGAUUGCAGAAAUUCAGACGAUCUUCCCCGGGUUCAAUUCUGACGGUGCCAACCAUAUGAACAUCGCUGUGCACUCUGGUAACAGCAUGAACUCCAGCACUUCACACAAUGGUCGAGUCUUUUUCACUGACGGAUGGACUAACAUCAUAUCAAUGUCUUCGCCUCCUUAUCAAAACAAUUCUAACAUCCGCACACUCGAUCUCGACGAUCCAGUCUACGUAGAGGCCAAUAGCAACGGAUAUACUGCCGUCGUCGACAUCGAGGAGAUUGAGGACGACUGGCCUGAAGGGAUCGUCGGCUACAUUACUGUUGGAAUCAAUCCUUCCCUGAUCGUUGAUUAA